AAAAAAAAAAAAAACUAAGGAGAGAAAACAAUGGCUAUCUACAAGUACCAUUAUAUAGCUGAGCUGACACAGACAAACCAAAACCAAAACCAAAACCAAAUUUAUCGGUCUUGAACUCAAUAAUUUUGUCUUUGUCUUUUGGUUUCAGUUGAACACAAACCGGCGGCGUUAAAACUCUCAAAACUUUAUAUUUAACCCUUUCAUCUCUCUCUCUCUCUCUCUGUGAAAUUCUUUCUUAUCUCGUCUUACAGAAACCCGAAUAUAUCGGUAUCUGUCUCUUUGCGGCUUUGCCCCCAAUUUCCGGACUAUUUACAACACUGUCCUUGGCUUUACUCACUUUUUUGUCUUUGUGCAUAUCUAAAGUCUCACUCAGACCAAAACCAAAACCCCCCUUCUCAUAAAAUAUAGCAGAGAGUAUUUGGGUUUUGGUUUGACACUCUCUCUCACUCUGUUCUCUGUUUUCACAAAAGUGGUCCGGCAGAGCAGAGCAGAGCAAGAGCAAGAGCAGAGUCUCCAUUAACAAAGAGCACAUACUCCUAAAAAAAGGUUGCUUUAUUUGUCUCCAUACCAAGCCCCAUGGACAAUGAAUUGUAUGAAGAGCAACAAGUCCCAUCUGGUCUUCUCACUGGCAUAAGUUUUAAUAUUUCAACUCAGACAGAUACAGAGAAGAUGUCUGGUCUAGCAAUUAAUUCAGUCAGUGAGGUCACUGAUCCUAUGUUGGGACUCCCAAAUCCGUCCUGUCAAUGCUCGACAUGUGGUGCCAAAGAUUUAAAACACUGUGAAGGUCAUUUUGGGCAUAUUAAAUUCCCAUGCACUAUACUCCACCCUUAUUUUCUAUCGGAAGUUGCAAAGAUUCUGAAUGAAAUUUGUCCAGGAUGUAAAUCUAUCAGGCGAGAACUAUGGGUCAAGGGUGGAGAUUUGGUAUCUAGCCAUAAUCGGCCUAAGGGCUGCAAAUAUUGUGUUGGACAUUCAAUAGAGUGGUAUCCAACAGUGAAAUUUAAAGUUUCCUCUAAGGAACUCUUUAGGAGAAGUGCAAUUAUAGCGGAGGUAAAUGAAAAGUUGCUAAAGCAGAAGAAAAGAUUAAGGAGUUUGCCUGCUGAUUUUUGGGAUUUUAUUCCAAAAGAUGAACAGCAAGAAGAAAGUUGUUUGAAACCAAAUAGAAGGGUUCUAUCACAUGCCCAGGUCCGUUAUUUGUUGAAUGAUGUCGAUCUGAAGUUCAUCGAAAGAUUUGUUUUGAGGACCGAUUCACUUUUUCUCAAUUGUUUUCCUGUGACACCAAACUGUCAUCGAGUGACUGAAAUUACUCAUGCAUUUUCCAAUGGACAGCGAUUGAUUUUUGAUGAGCGAACCAGGGCCUAUAAGAAACUGGUUGAUUUUAGAGGGAUAGCUAAUGAGUUGGGUUCUCGUGUUCUGGACUGCCUGAAAAUUUCAAAGUUAUGCUCGGACAAGUCAUCAAAUAAUGAUUUGGCUUCUGCCCAACAAAAAAAAAUUACAGAUCCUUCCACCUCUUUCGGGUUGAGAUAUGUCAAAGAUGUUGUUCUUGGGAAGCGAAGUGAUCAUUGUUUUCGAAUGGUAGUUGUUGGUGAUCCGUGUAUCAAGCUCAGUGAAAUUGGUAUACCAUGUCAUAUUGCAGAGAGGUUGCAAAUUUCUGAAUGCUUGAACAGGUGGAACUUUGAUAAGGUGAGUGAUUGGGCUGGACUACAUUUCUUUGAGAAGGGAGAAGUUUUUGCUCGCAGAAAAGGUAGUCUGGUUCGUGUUCGUCGAAUUACCGAACUUCAAAUGGGGGACAUAAUUUAUAGACCUCUGAGUGAUGGGGAUAUUGUGUUGAUUAAUAGGCCUCCGUCCAUACAUCUGCACUCCCUUCUAGCAUUAUCUGUUAAGGUUCUACCAGUAACCUCAGCACUUUCUAUAAACCCACUCUGUUGCUCCCCUCUUCGUGGGGAUUUUGAUGGUGAUUGCCUUCAUGGCUAUGUUCCUCAAUCAAUUGAUGCUAGGGUUGAACUUAGUGAGCUUGUUGCUAUAGAUAGGCAAUUAAUUAAUGAUCAGAAUGGUAGGAACCUUCUUUCACUUAGUCAAGAUAGUUUAACUGCUGCUCAUUUGGUCAUGGAGGAUGGGGUUCUCCUGAACCUUUUCCAAAUGCAGCAGCUGCAAAUGUUCUGCCCACAUCAACUUCUGUGGCCGGCAAUUAUGAAAGCUCCCUCGCUAAAUAGUUUUGUUUGGACUGGCAAGCAAUUAUUUAGCAUGCUUCUGCCCCCAGGCUUUGAAUAUGAUUUUCCUUCAAAUGGUGUUCUUGUUAGUGAUGGAGAGCUCUUAUCUUCUGAAGGAUCUUUUUGGCUACGUGACAACAAUAACAACCUUUUUCAGAGUCUUGUCAAACAUUAUCAGGGUAAAGUACUUGACUUCUUGUUUGCUGCUCAAGAAGUUCUUUGUGAGUGGUUGUCAAUGCAGGGCUUGAGCGUUUCACUUUCAGACUUAUACCUAACCUCUGACUCAUACUCCCGGAAAAACAUGAUGGAUGAAAUCUUUUGUGGUUUACAAGAAGCAGAGCAUAUGUGUAAUUUCAAACAGUUGAUGGUAGAUUCAUGUUGGGAUUUUCUUGUCGAAGUUGGUGAAGAGAAAGAUGUUCCUGAAGUGGAACGUUUGUGUUACGAGAAGCAAAAAUGUGCUGCACUCAGUCAAGCGUCCGUUGAUGCUUUCAAGUACGUGUUUCGGGAUAUUCAAAAUUUAGUCUACAAAUAUGCAAGUAAGGACAACUCGUUGCUGGUUAUGUUUAAGGCUGGAAGCAAGGGUAAUUUGCUGAAAUUGGUUCAGCAUAGCAUGUGUCUUGGUUUGCAACAUUCACUGGUUCCACUAUCCUUUAGAAUCCCCCACCAGCUCUCAUGUGCUGCUUGGAAUAAGCAAAGGGCACAUGAUUCAUUCCAGAUGGCUGAUGAUACUCCUGGACGCCCUAAGUACAUCCCAUAUGCUGUAAUUGAAAAUUCCUUUCUGACAGGCUUGAAUCCUUUAGAAUGUUUUGUUCAUUCAGUCACAAGUCGAGAUAGUUCUUUCAGUGACAAUGCAGAUCUCCCUGGGACUUUGAACCGACGGCUUAUGUUCUUAAUGCGUGAUUUGUACACUGCAUAUGAUGGAACAGUGAGAAAUGCAUAUGGGAAUCAACUUAUUCAAUUCUCUUAUAACAUUAAUAAGGACAAAUAUAUUCCAAAUAGCAGCACUCAUGAUUUUGGUGAGAAUGUUGAUGCCUAUGAUGCGGUAGGUGGUCAGCCUGUUGGUUCAUUAUCUGCUUCUGCCAUUUCAGAAGCUGCAUACAGUGCUUUGGAUCAGCCAAUCAGUCUACUUGAAACUUCUCCAUUGCUGAAUCUGAAGAAUGUUCUGGAGUGUGGUACGAGAAAACGUAAUGCUGACAGGACUUUGUCAGUAUUUUUGUCCAAUAAACUUGCAAGACGGAGGCAUGGUUUUGAGUAUGGGGCCUUAAAAGUUAAGAAUCAUUUGGAGCGGCUAAUAUUUUCAGAUAUUGUGUCUACUGUCAUGAUAAUCUUUUCUCCACAGACUUGUAGCAAGACACAUUUCAGUCCAUGGGUUUGCCAUUUUCAUAUAUGCAAGGAAAUUGUGAAGAGAAGAGGAUUAGAAGUGCAUACAAUUAUCAAUUCCCUUGACAAGAAGUGUAACUCUUCAAGAAAGGAAUUAAAAUCGAAUUGUGCUGACUUGCAAAUAACAAGCAAGGACUGUUUUGAGACACAAAAGGAAGGUAAUGAUACAAUUUGCAUCACUGUUACAAUAGCUGAAAAUGACAAGAAUUCCUUACAAUUGGAUACAGUUAGAGGCGUGAUCAUACCUUUCCUUCUUGGAACAAUUAUUAAAGGAUUCCCAGAGAUCAAGAAGGUGGAUAUUUUAUGGAAUGAUCGGUCUAAAGUAUCAAGAUGUCAUCAUGGUUCUUCUGGUGAACUCUACUUAAGAGUUUUUAUGUCAGGAGACUCUGUUAGAACAAAUCUCUGGAGUUUACUUAAGAAUUACUGUGUACAAAUAAUGGAUAUGGUCGAUUGGUCACGUAGUCAUCCAGAUAAUAUUCAUGAUUUCUCUAUGGCGUAUGGAAUAGACGCCGGAUGGCAAUAUUUUCUCAAUAGUUUGGAGUCUGCGAUAUCUGAUACUGGCAAGUCUAUUCUUCCUCAGCAUUUGCUUCUUGUCGCAGAUAGUCUAUCAGCUACAGGAGAGUUUGUUGCCUUGAAUGCAAGAGGCAUUGCACAACAAAGAGAACAUGCAUCUGUCUCAUCACCCUUCAUGCAAGCAUGCUUAUCUAACCCUGGUGCUUGCUUUAUUAAAGCUGCUAAGGCUGGAGCUGUGGAUGGUCUUAAAGGAAAUCUCGAUGCAUUGGCAUGGGGAAAUGUUCCUUCUACAGGGACGGGAGGCCACUUUGAUAUUAUUUAUUCUGCAAAGGGACUUGAGCUUGCAAAGCCUGUAGAUGUUUAUAACAUGCUGGGUAGCCAAAUUAGUUCUGAUAAGCAGAAUGUGAAGAUAAAAACACCUUUUGUUUGCAAUAGUAUGUCUGACAAAUCUGGUACUCAGUUCAUCUACAAGUAUGGUGGUCUUGCAACAAAAGGACUGAAAAUGUUGGAAAGCAUAUCUAAAUCCUUAAAAAGUCGUUUGACAUCAAACGAUAUUCAGAAUCUUUCCCAUUCAUUGAAGGUUAUAUUGCACAAGUAUCCCAUUGAUCACAGGUUAAAUGAAAAAGACAAGUCAACUUUGAUGAUGGCUUUAUAUUUUCAUCCUCGGAGGGAUGAAAAGAUUGGAAUUGGAGCUCAAGACAUAAAGGUUGGUUGCCACCCUAAAUAUCAGAAUACGCGCUGCUUUGAAGUGGUAAGAAUGGAUGGGACAACUGAAGAUUUUUCUUACCACAAGUGUGUCAUUGGUGCCCUUGAGCUCAUAGAUCCUCUAAGGGCGAAAACUUAUGAAUCAAAAUGGGGGCGAAAAGCUACGAAUCAAAAUGGAGCAUUUGCAGUAGACUCUCUAGAAUAGGGCAAAGAAACAAAAUAGGGAAGGAAACCCAUUAAACACCCCACAUCAGCUUACCUAUCUCUUCCCUAUUGUUUUCUGUAUCUGAGUAACACUGAUAAAGAAAAGUGGGUGUUCUGAAAAGUGAAAAAUAAUAAAAAAAUGAAUGAAGAAAUAAUAUUUAAAAUGAAAUAGGGUUUAGAAAAGGAAAUCUGAUGUGGGUGAAAAGGAAAGUGGUUGGCUAAAAUAGGAAAACUAGGUUCUUAUCCUAAAAUUGGGAGAAAAUUUUAGGUAAACUGAUGUCAGUGCUCAACAUAGAACUGUCAAGCCAACCAUAUGCCUCUACAUAUUUCGAACUCCCAAGCAUGUAAAGUGACUGACAUUGGAUUCGAGAACGAUGUUUUAAUGUUUAAGGUCUUCGCAUCAGACCAUUAAACAUGCAGUCAUGUCAACUUACAUUUGGAAUGAUCCUGAUUUCCUGAAUCCCGCAUUCUAUCCUAGGAAAUUGCAAGCAACUUUGGGAAUUGGAGCUACCUACUAACUAGUGUAAAUCAAAUUUGCUCUUCUCUAACAAUGGCGGGUGGAUCAUCUCAAAAUAAUAGUUUUGGAGCUUUCAUACCUUUUCAAAGCUGUAUAUUCUUCCCCCCCCCCCCCCCCCCCACCAAAAAAAAAGAAGAAGAAGCAGAUAUUGUGCACAAGAAGAGUACUAGUAGAGCAGUAAGUGCUUUGCUUUUUGUAGUCAACAGUAUUUCCUUUUGUUUUUAAUUUUUAAAUUUUUUUUUAACUACAAUUGCAGUCCCUUACUCAUGCUUCUUUUUGCUACUUCCACUAUAACUUGUUUGCCUUACAUCACGUCAGGCUAAAAAGCUGUAGUCGAAGCAGCAACGAGAAGCUUUGUAAAGGCCAAUUUCAAUUUCAUGUUGUAUCUAUGAUACAUAUGUACAAUGCAAACAUUCAUAUGAACAGCUAUUUUCAUAAAAUAGUUUUGGCAUUUCAGCCUAUAUGGUGAUCUGGUUAUUUUGCUAUAUCUCAUUUCCAAUGCCAAUGAUGUAAUGGAAAUUAUGGCUUUAGAUUUA